AAGAUUUCAGGCACGAAAUAUUUGCGAGAGUAGUCCUCGCACAGUGUAAACUGUAACUCAUGUGCUUCAGUAAUAAUGAAAAUAAACUCGAUAUAAAGGAAUAUAUCGAUUUGGAGAAGCGAACGAAUAACGGGUAAGAGGUUAGGAGCACACGGCGGGAAAGCAAUGAAACAUACGUGUCGUGUUUACAGCAAGGCCGCAUGCGUUACGUUCUACAGGUGUUGAUUGAUGAUCGUGAUUUGUAUCAUCGUUACUUUAAUAGGAUCGUUUAUAUGCGCGUUGAUCAAAGCCGAGAUGGACGAGUGGCUCGGAGAAUCAAGCACGAAGGGGCAAUCGAAGCUGUCUUUGAGAAGGAACUGUACCAAUGAGUCAUCAAAUCCAGGCAAUUUGAUAGAGUUAUCAUCAGACGAUGAUAGUAUUGAUUUACCAUUGAAUUUGCAGAAAAAUACAAAAGAAUAUAAGAAUGUAACAAGUCACGGAACAACUAGCAUUCUGAAUAGUGUAACAGAUGCUUCCAAGUGUAAUUCGGAACAUAAUACAUCAGAUAAUUUGAGUGACGAUGACAUUAUUGUUGUUGAUCAUGUUUCUAAUAAUGAUACUUCUUAUAAGAGCCAGUCGAUGUUUAAUUGGAAUAAGCCAAUCUCUGAUCCACUCUCUCGAAACAUUUUUCCUGAAUGUAGUAGUUCGAGGAAAAAUGUGAUAGAAACACCUAACAAAAGGCGAAAGCUAAUGAUAAAUAAUUCAAAAAGUUCAGAUUCAAGUUAUGGUGAGGAUGAUUUUAUAGAUUUUGACUUUCCCAAGAAAGAUGAUUCACCACCUCAAGUUGGAAUACAUCAUGAAAUAAUGAUUGCUGGAACCAGAGUCAAACUUCCUGUUAAGCCAUAUCCAUGUCAAUUAGCAGUGAUGAAUAGUCUCAUUGCAGGAUGUACUAAGGAGCAGAAUUGUCUCUUAGAAAGCCCUACUGGCAGUGGUAAGACUUUGGCGCUUCUCUGUGCAGCUUUGGCAUGGCAAGAGCAGUACAAAGAGAAAAUACACCGAGAAAACGAGGAAAUGGAUCUAGAGAACAUCCACGACGACGAUGAUGAUGCUGCUGAUGAAAAUUUCUUCUUAAAUUCGUCGCAAUACUUUGACAAAGAUUUACUGGAGAAAACUUUAUCCAAAAGCAAAUCAAGGAAAGUGCCAAAAAUAUUUUAUGGAUCGCGAACUCACGGGCAACUUCAGCAGGUAGUUCGAGAAUUUAAGAAGACCGCGUACAGAUAUAAGAGAAUGACUAUAUUGAGCAGCCGAAAAAAAACGUGUAUUCAGGAAACCGAUAAGAACAAAGACAAAUUGUGUAAUGAAUUACUUGAUCCUCGAAAGGGUGAAAAAUGCAAAUAUUUUAACCGUGUAAAGAAAAAACCGACAAUAUUUAAUGAAAUGGACACGCCUUGGGAUAUUGAAGAUUUGGUAUUACACGGGGAAAAGACCCAGGCCUGCCCAUAUUUCGGUUCAAGAACUUUAAUGACCAGCGCAGAAAUCAUCUUUUGUCCGUAUAAUUAUAUCCUGUAUCCGGAAAUUCGCGAGAGCAUGCAAAUCCAUCUAAGAGGUAAUAUCGUAAUUCUCGAUGAAGCUCACAAUAUGGAGGAUAUUUGUCGAGAAGCUGCCACUGUGAAUCUCAGAAGUGACAAACUCGAAAAUGCCGUUAAUGAAUGCAAACAUUUAUUGGACUUAUUAAAAUAUAAGAGUGAUAUUUACACUAUUAUACACAAAUAUCUCUCGGAUCUCAUAACAUUCCUUAAUAGCAUUGAAGUCAAAGACAAUGAUCGUAACGAAAUGGUUAGUACGCAUUGGAUUGGUAGCGUAUUCCGAGAAUUGCUCGAUGUAAAUAAUGUGGGAUGUCCCAGAUUUCCUGAUGUUCUUCGCGCCAGUAUGAUGGCUAUAGAAGAUUUCAAACAGAAUUUGAAAGAAGAUGAUCCUAAAAAGAUAAAGCCCACUAUUUCUCAAGAAAGUAAAAGACUUCUUGAGUAUCUCUGUUUUGCUAUGCAAAUGAUUACAUCAGAUAAGGUUGAUGAUUAUAGGAUGUAUAUCAUAGAAACGAACGAAUUUAUUGAAAAGGUAAACGAAGCAGAUGACUGGAUCUCAUCGACAUCCAGAAAGUUAACCAAAGUACGAACCAUGACAAUGAAAUGCAUGAAUCCAGCUAUAGUUUUUGCGCCUUUGGCUCAUGAAGUUCGUUCUGUGAUACUCGCGUCAGGUACUUUGACGCCGACUAUAUCGUUUCAAAGCGAACUUGGGACAAAAUUCCCACAUAUAAUCAAUCCUGACCAUAUUAUACCAAAGAAUCAGUUAUAUAUAAGAUACAUAGCACAAGGACCUAAUAAAAAACCUUUAAAAGCUACGUACGCUCAGGUGAAUACCUGGGAUUUUCAGGACGAACUCGGUAAUUUGGUUCUUCAAGUAUGUGACGCGGUACCAUAUGGUGUACUAUGUUUCUUUUCGUCCUACAAGGCAAUGACCACUAUACACAACAGAUGGAGGAAUAAUGGCACGUGGGACAAACUCUCCGAAUUGAAGACAAUUUUUGUGGAGCCAAAAUAUGAAAGAGAGUUAAAUCCAGUCAUGAAAGAGUAUCGUAGUGAAAUUGAAAGAUCGUCGUCUGAAUCGUAUCGAACAGCAUGCGGAGCUAUCUUCUUUGCAGUUUUUAGAGCAAAAGUAGCAGAAGGAAUGGAUUUCAGUGACAAUGAGGCUCGUUGCGUAUUAUCAAUUGGCAUACCGUAUCUUCUACAAAGCAGUGAUAUAAGCAUGAAAAUGGAUUAUAAUAACUUGAAAUUCAAAGAAUCUAAACAAUUGCUAUCUGGUAGCGAGUGGUAUACCGUAAAUGCAUUUAGGGCGCUAAAUCAGGCAAUAGGUCGUUGUGUCAGACAUAAAAAUGAUUGGGGUGCUGUACUUCUAGUAGAUAAAAGAUUUGAGCAAGAACAGAACAUCAACUAUCUACCAAAAUGGGUAAAAGCAAAUAUCAAAUGUAACCAGACUUUCGAUCUUGAAUUAGAACUUCAAGAUUUUGUAGUUUUGCAAGUUGCACGUGAAAGAGGAGAAAAAGAAGAAUUGUUAGAAAAUAAUAAAGAUUUUCUUUUAGAAUAGAAAUAUAUAU